AUGCCGUUCUUUCUAAAGAAACUUUACUUCAAAAGCUCGAAGAAAAAGAAAAGAAGUAAUAAACAAGGUUCAAUAUCCCAAGAUGAUGCCUUAGCAAAUGAAGAAAAUGAUUCGCAAUCAAUAGGUUAUGAUGUUCUAACAAGCCAACAGACCUCAUGCGAUGAAAGUAAAACUAAUUCUGAAGUUGUUUCAUUGGAGGUAGGAGACAACCAUAAUAACGAUUUAGAAUCUUCAUGUGUAGUUACAGAAGAGAAGAGAACAAGUGAAAAAUCAUCAAGCACGUCUGAUUUUAAUAAAGAUGCCAUUGAAAUUACUCAGAAUUGCAAUUGUUCUGAAAAUCGGAAGGAAUGCACUGGCUUUGUUCAAAAAUAUACAGCCCCAUCACUGGCUGGCUUAGAAAUUGAGGAUUUUAAUUGUACUGAAAAGUUAUUGUCGAAUUCAGUGGACAAAAAAGAAUCACCGGAAGAAGAAAAUAAGUUUAGAAGUUGUAUUCUUGAUAAUAGUUGUAUCGAUUUAGACACAGAAAAAAAUUUAACCGAAUCAUUAGCAGAAGAAACAUCAAAUAAUUACAAUCCAUCAGAAGAACUAGAAAUUUAUUCCCAACAAAAAAAUAAUGAUAGCUUUAAUAAGAAACUUAACUCAUGCGAUGAAAAUAAAAAUAAAUCUGAAAUUGUGCAAUCACUGGUAGUAGACGUAGCCAAUAAAAAUAACUCAGAACCUUUAAGUUUAUUCGCUGAGCAAAAAAGAACAAGCGAUGAAUCAAUUGACGUAUCCGAUAUUUACUUUGCCAAAUGUUCCAUUAAAGCAGCACAUAAGUACAAGUUUGAGAAUCAAAAGGAAGAAACCAACUUACUUCAGAAAUCUACUAUUAUAAAGAUUUCAUCUGAUGAUUCGAAUACCCACGGUGAUAAAGACAUUGCAAAGUUUCCUCCGAACAAAACAGAACAAAAAGAAUCAAUGGAAGUGGAAAACAAGUUUCUAAGUUUAAUUCUAGAAAAUAGUAGUUUAAAUUCAGACUCUGAAAAGCAUAUAAAUAAAUCUAAAUUUUCAAUGGAUCCAUUAGCAGGUGAUGUCUCCGUUAAUUAUAUAUGCUUUGUUCACAACGGUACAAAUACGCAUGAAACAGGUGGUUUGAUGGCACAAAAGACAAAUAAAGUCUCUUCUCAAAAUGAAGAGAAUGAGAAGUUGAAUGGCCCGGAUGUACUUUCUGAUUUUCCUACACCUAAUGACAUGAUAGAAAUUCUUAAUAGUCUUAUCAGUAAAGUCACUAAAGUUGACGAAACAUCUCAUAAUGUAACAAAUGGUGACGUCAUAUGUAAUGCGUCGACUGAACCAGAAGAAUCUUUAACAGGGCAGCAUUAUUUGAGUCAAACAAAUACGGAGAGCAUAUUAAAUGCUGCUACUGAAGCACCAAAUCUCUAUAUUGAACAAAAGGAAGUUUCAACAGGACAGCAAUGUUUGAGUCAAACAGUUCUGGGGAGCUUAUUAAAUGCUUCUAGUAAAGCACCAAAUGCAAAUAUUGAACCAGAGGAAGCUUCAACAGACAAACAUUACUCUAAUGAAACAGUUAUGGAGAGCUUAUUAAAUGCUUCUAGUCCAGCAACAAAUGCCUAUAUUGAACCAAAGGAAGUUUUAACAGAACAGAAUUAUUUGAGAGAACGAAUCAUGGAGAGCUCGCUAAAUACGACCAAUGAAGCAGUAAAUGUCUAUAUUGAAUCAGAGGAAGUUUCAACAGAACAGCAUUUUUUAAGUGAUAAAAUUAGGGAGAGCUCACUAAAUAUUUCUAAUGAAACAGCAAAUGAGACUAUUGAACCAAACUUGACUUCUACAAAUCAGCAUAACUUGAAUGAAACAAUUUUAAAUAGCCCAUCUGAAACAAUUGAGAAGCUAAAUGUGUACGUUGAACCAAACAAAAUUUCAACAGAACAGCGUGAAGUGAGUAAGGCAUUCGUUGACAACACUUUUAUACCAUUUAAUGAAACACCAAUUGUGUCUAUUGAACAAGGAGAAGCUUCUACAAAACAGCAAAAUUUGAGUAAAUUAAUUGUAAAUAGUUCAUUCAAUACAAUGACUGAAUCCCCAAAUAUGUAUAUUAAGGCAAUAGAAGAUUCGGCAGAACUGCCUGUAAAUGAAACAAUCGUAGACAGCUCAUUUAAUGCACCCAUUCUAAUUUCAAAUGCAUCCAUUGAACCAAAUGAAGCUUCAACAAAUAUAAUUUUGAGUAAGAAAAGUCUAAGUAACUCUUCUUAUAUAUCUAAUGAAAGACAAAAUGCAUCUGGAAGUGAUUCAAAUCUUACCAGUGAUUCUGAAGAUUAUCUCUGCAAUACUCUUAAUGAAGGCCAAGCGAUAAUCUCAAGUAUUGUAAAGUGUAAAAGCUUAACAGGAGAACAAUAUGCAGAUGAAGUUCCACAAGAAAGUAUGAGUCUGCUGGACUCAUCAUCUAUAUCUGACGAAAUUGAUUCUUCUGAAUUUGAAUUCGAUUAUCCCUCACAAAGUUGCGAAAACAUUCGUUAUACAAACAUCUGUGGGGGACGCAAUAGAACUGCAUCGUUCGAAAACCUUAUUAAUACAUAUGAAGAAUCGUCUUUCAUAACAGAGUUUGGUGAGUGUGAACUUGAACAACCGAAGGAACUGGAAAGAACCUCAAAAGAUAACAGAAUUCCUUCUUUAACAAUGUGCUUUAUAAAUCACGCUUUAAGUGAUCUUUCAAAUAUAAACUUAAGAAAAGAAAAGGAACUAAAAAAUGAAAAAUCAAGUACCCAUGAAUUGAGUUCUUAUACCAGUGAAUUAUUUGCAAAUGAUGCUUUCAAUUUAAGAGAUUGCAAUGAGCACUUAGAUAAAGGGAGUUCCAAUUGCAACGAACAAGUCAAUGCAAAUGAUUUAAGUUUCAUGAAGAAAUGUGGUGAAGGAAAUCAUCUAAACCAAUCAAUAACAACGCAUAGUUAUCAGAACAAUUUUAUUUCAUCAAAUGAUAAAUCCUUCGAUUUCGGUAAUCACAUUGAAAAUUUUAGAAAGAAUCAGGAAUAUUCUUCUGAUGACACAAAUAAUUUGCCGUUGCAAGAAACAAUAGAAAAGGGGAAUGACUCUAAACACACUAAAGAAAACAGUUUAACAAAUGUUGCAGAGUUACCUUUCCAAGUGGCUCAAGAAGACAAAUGUUUGCUCCCAAGGGCAAUGCGUGAAACUCCUGAUCUUAAUCAUACGUUAUCAGAUACAACUACAAAUGAUAAAUCAAUUCCAAAUGAAAAUAAAGACGCUUCUGAGAGAAUUAUGUCUUCAAACUCGGAGUUAUGCCUUGAAAAUGUCAACAAUUCAACUACGUUUAAUCCAGAUAACGCAUAUAUAACUAGCACUUCCUUCAAAACCCAGAAAGUCGAGGAAAUGCAGAGCAUACAAAAUACUGAUCGUCCUGGUGAAUAUGAUUACCAUAUCUUAAGAGAAGCAUUUGUAAAUUUUCCUUUUAGAUUAGGUGAGGAAGUUAGUAAGACUGAAAAUGAACUUGACAACCAGAAUAUCGCAAGGACAAUGUGCGAAACUUCUUAUGAUUAUCGUACUUUACCCGAUAUCUCAGAAGUAAAUACAAUCAGGAAUACAAUUUCCCUUGAAAAUAAUGACACUGCGAAGAGAAUUAUUUUUCAAAAAUCAGAAUUAUGCCGUGAAAAGUUAAGCUCUUCGUUAAAUACAGAGAAAACAUAUAAAUCGACUUCUCCUUGCAAGAAUAUCGAAGAAAUUCAGAACGAUCAAAAUAACGGGUGUUCCAUAGAAAAUGAUUUUCAUAUCUUAAAAGAAGCAUUUGAAAAUUUUCCCUUUCACUUAGGUGAGGAAAUUAAAAAGAUUAAGAACGAUACUGCAUUUCCAAUUCAUAUUCAAUAUUCAGAAACAGAUAAGUAUAACCCUAAUCCAAGCUUGGUGGUUGAAAAGUCUAAAGUGUUAAAUGUUGAAGAAAGCGCUUCUGCGAAAAAUAAACAAUCCAUCAUUCUUUCAGAACAAAGCAAUUCUUAUUUAUUAAAUCAAUCAAAUAAGAUCAAUAAAGAUGAUGACCAAUUUGUGGAUUAUGUAAAAAAUGGAGUAGAAAAUAGAACAAGUUUUGAGAUCUCGUUUGGUAAAAACGAACAGAUAGAAGAAAUCAAUUUGAAUGAAGAUGGUAGGAAUUCAGAAUUUGUGAAAGAUAAUAUUACUAAUAACGAUCAAUUGCAACCUGUAAAUAAGAACAAUGCAGAUUUGGAUCUAUCUUUGAACCCAGCAGACGAAGAUCCGAAAACAAAUGCUUGUGAAACGAAUAUUAAUGAUACAGGCACUGAAAAAAUUUAUUUUAAAAUCACGCCUUCUUCAGAAAGUACUUCAGGAGAAACAAGCAAUAGUAUUGACGAUGAACACCAACUUCGGGAAAAUGACAAUCUUACUCUUAGAUAUGCCAGACAAAAGGACAAAAAUAUGGAUGAAAACGAUGAGAAUAAAUAUGGAAGUUUGGAAGCUACAGAUGAUGCAUUUUUUGCCGAUAAGUUUGGAGUUAAAAUUAUUCCUAACAUUUCUGCUGAUUCAGUUGAAUCUCAAAGCAUGUUAGAUUUUGUAAAUUCCUCUGGCAAUUGUUUAGAAAAGGUUGAAACUGUUGGUAUCGAAAAAGAUUCUGAGAAUCAAGCAACGGUAUGGUGUUUUUCAGAAGAAGAUAACAGCAAAAUUUGUUUUGAUGAUCAAGACUCUUCUACUAAUAAUCACUGUGAGAAAAACAAAAUGCAUUUCGUACAAAAUGAAGCUGAAGAGGAAAUUCGAUGUAAGCCUGAAGACGGUGAUGUAUUGACGAAGAAGAAGAGUUUUUGCAAUGGCAACUUUACUGAAAUUAGAAACUUUGAUACAUUCAACGAAGAAAUUAUUUCUGAUAAAAACAAAAUAAAUACUACAAAAGAAUUAAUUGAUACACAUAGUUUUAGUGAGAAUAUUCUUAAGGAAGAGGUUGAUAAUGAUUUUACUGUACACUUAAAUACCAUAAAAUGCUUUGAGGAUAUUAUUUCAGAUGAAGAGGAGAUACAUAAAAUGCAAAGCAGCGUACUUUCAGAAUUCACUGAUGCAUGUGAUUUACAACAUUUAUCUGAAGAAAUGCAAAAAGAACAAGAUAGUAAUAUGGAAAAUUCGCAUGAGAAAAAUAAGCGCUGUUUCUUAACGACAAAAAUGCAGGAUAAUCUUUCUGAUGAAAGCAAUAAUAAAUUUCAAGAUAAACAUCAUGUAUCAGCUCAAAAGAAAUGGGAUAGUAUUAAUGUAAACUUUAUGAAUGAAACUGGGAGAACAGAAGGCUUUAUUGACAAUGAAACUAGAAAACAUAUUGAAGAAAGUAUACAAAAUUUAGUUACAUCAAAUAUUAAUGGUAAAGAUGACCCCUCUUUAAGAAGUCAUAAAGGUGAUGGAUGUGUGGACGAUAAUGAGAAGAAUGACGAUAUGGAAAACAUUCGGAAAAUCCUGAAAAGCGAAAGUAAAAUCAGUACUGUAGAUAAUAGCCAAAAAGAAAUUUUAUUUGAUGAGAGCAACACACUCACUAGCAUGAAUGAUAGUUUAAAUGUUGGCAAUGUGGAAAAAGACGAAAAAACUAGAGCUUUUCUCGAAAAUGAAAGUGGAAAUUUUAUUUCACUGAACGAUGAAAGUGAUGAAUAUGAAAUUGAUACCGAAAAUAAGCAAAACACGAAUUUCACGCAGGUUGAGUUUGAAGGCGAAGUUGAAAUAAAUACUAAAACAGAUUGCGUAUCUAGAGUGUUGUCUAGUGAGAGUAAAGAUUCUCUUACAUUAAAAAAAGUUAUUAGUUUUAAUGCCAAUCAGAAAAAAGAUAGCGAAACAUAUUUGCCUGGCGAUAACUUUGACCAAGAAAUUAAAACACUUAACGGAGAAUCAAAUCAAACUGAAACAGAUACAAAUAUUAAUAGACAAAACAAAGCCUCACUGAUGCAUAAAGACAAUGAAUACACUGCUGCUACUCAGAAAUACCAAGACUUGAAGUUUAUUGAGGAAAUGCUUGAGCGUGAAAGUAAAAUACAUACUGUUCGACAAAAUCAAACUAGAGAGCCAUUCAAUGAGAGCGCAAAUAAACUCCACGCAAUAAACAAAGUAAAUGCUGUUAAUGCCAACAAUCAGGAAAAAGAUGGUAACUCAUGUUUGUUUGUUGAUUGCUGUGACGAGGAAAAUGAAACACAUACUGAAGAAUGCUAUCAAACUAAAACUGUUCCGAGUACUAAAAGAAAAAACAAAGCCUCACUGAUACAUAAAGACAAUGAAUACACUGUUGCAACUCAGAAAUACCAAGACUUGAAGUUUAUUGAGGAAUUGCUCGAACGAGAAAGCAAAAUUCAUACUGUGCUCCAAAAUAAAACUAGGGAGUUGUUAAAUGAGAGUAAAAAUAAAUUCCAAGCAAUAAAUAAUGUAAAUUCUGUUAAUGCAAACAACCAGAAAAAAGACAGUAACCAAUAUUUUUCUGGUGAUAACUAUGAUAAAGAUACUGAAAUGUAUACUGAAGAAUGCAAUCAAAAUAAAACUUCUCAUGUUAAAAGCAAGGAAAGUAUCUCAUUGAGUCUUAAAGACUUUGAAAACGCUUCUAAUACUCAAAAAUACCAGGACAUAAAGUUUUUUGAGGAAAUCCUUAAAACAGAAAGUAAAAUACAUACAGUACAUCAUAAUAUAAAUACAACGUUGCCCAGAGACAGUAGAAAACUCGUUACAAUACACAAAACGAAUAUUUUUACUGAUAACAAUCCUAAUUUGCGUGAUGGUGAUUUUGACGAUAAAAUUAAAUUACAUACUGAAGAAUAUGAUUAUACUAAAAAUGCAUCUAAUAAUCAAAGCAGAGAAUUUACUUCCCUUAGUCAUAAAGAAGAUGUUUACGUAUCUGAUAAUCAGAAAAAGCAAGACUUGAAGUUUUUUCAAGAGAUUCUGGAAAGAGAAAGUAGAAUUCAUACCGUACAAUGUAGUCCAACAAAGCCUUUGCAAAACUGCAGUACAUUUAGUAAGUCUAUCAACAACAAAAACAGAGUGUAUGAAACAGGAAUGACUGAAGAUAUUACAAAUAAUACAAGCAAAAUAGAUUCUAUUAUGAAGAACCAAAAGGAAAGUGAACAUAUUAAAUUGCAAAAAUGUGCAUCGAUGAACGUAGAAAAGCAUGGGUGUACUGAUGAUUCGCAAAAUAAAUGGGAAGAAAUUGAGUUUUUUGAUAAGAUCCUAGAAAACGAAAUCAAAAUUCAUACAGUUAAUCAUAAUAAAUAUACCAUCAUUGAUGAAAAUCAGGGCACAGUAGAAAAUGUGCAUGAAAAAUCUCUUAUUAAUCAACAAAUCAAGCAUCAUCAAACAAAAGAUGAUGAUAAGUUUUUAAGAGAUAUUCCUACCGAUGGAAAAGAGAUAGAUGUGAAUGCUGUACAACAUAAAGAUUAUGAAACCUUCCAUAGUGAAAAUAGUUCCGAUGAAGAAUUUCAUAGUACCGAUGUUUAUUUCAUUGAACUGAAAAAGUCCAAAAGUUGUGAUGAACCUUAUUACACAACUUAUGAAUAUUCAUCAUCAAAUGAUAAUUUAGAGCAACUUAAAUACGAAGAAGAGAACAGUUACCAAAAACAAAUAAACCAUGAUGAAGAUAGUUGUCAUGAGUUGUUAAGAAAGAUAAGAGAUGAGGGAAAAACUUAUAGUACUUCUGAAGCAAGUUAUUUGAAAAAUUUCGAAUUAGAACUAUUGUCAAACAUACAAGAACAAGAUUUUCAUGGCUCGGAAAACUACUACGAAUUGGCUCAUGAACAUAAGGAACAGUUAUCAUCAAACUAUAAAGAUAAUAAUAAUGAUUUCGAAUGUUUCAAAGACAACAUUAAUUUAAGUGCGGAUUCGAAUACUGAGGCAGAUUUCAAAUGUGUCAAAUUUAAUCACCUUUAUAAUAUGAAUAACGAAAAAGUAAGGGAUUUGCUAAACUCAGAUAUUGGAAAAUUGGACACGGAAAUAUUCAACCAAACUCUCCAUUCGAAUGAGAUUGAUUUAUUAUUGGAUGCUAAGAGAAAAUAUCUUUACAUAAAGCAACAUAAAAAUAUCUCAGAUUGCCGGCUCCUUGAAAACUCCGAAAUUCAACGGAUUCCUGAGUCAUCAAAAACUGAUAAUAUACCUUCUGAAAGAGACAUAUUUUGUAGGGUGGACGAAAAUGAAACAGUUUCAACCGAAGCUGAUGUUCCUUUUCAUGAAAAUUAUAAAUUUGAAUUUACUCUCGGCUAUCAAGAUAAGUUUAAAGAAAUGCAAGAGGUAAACAAGAGUGAAAAUGUUGAGGAUCCGAUAUCAAGUGGCAAAAUCAUUGAAUGCAAAAAUGUUAUGAAAACUAAUUUAUCUCGAAAUAUUUCAGAACUUACAUCAAGUUCUGUGGAAGAAGAGUUAGGACAAAAUCUUAAAAAUUUAUUAUCAGAAAAUGAAGAUAAAGCCUUAAACAACCAAAAAGAAAUAUCAGAUAUUGGAGUUCCGAAUUCACGUAAAAAUAUCUUUUGUGAUAAAAAUAACAGGAAAAUUAACUUAGAACAAAAAUUUUAUGGAUCCACUUCGAAAACUGAAAAAGAUGAACUUAAAGGAGGUGAUUCUAAAUAUUUAUCAGAUAGUGAAAAAGUAACGACAUUAUUCAAUCAUGACAAAUUAAAUACGGAUAAAACUCGGAUUCUGACAAAUACUAAACCGGAACUCAAUGACAGGAUUUUGAAGGUCAAAUCUACUCCCAAAAAUGCACAUUAUCUAAAAGAAAAGGACAAACAUACGUCAAAAAAUGCCUCUCAGUCUGGAUCAGUUGGAAGGAAUCGGAUUAUAAAUGCUAGUAAAGCCAUUCGAACAAAAAACCGCCAUUCUGAAAGAUCUCCUGAAAGAUUAUCUCCUUAUAUGGCGUCAGUAGGCAUGCUGAAAGAGGACUUUCGGAAAAGGUAUAAUAAAAGAGACGGUGGAAAAAAAGAAUCCCAAAAGGUUUCUGGAUCUGAUAGGAAAAUGGUUGAGAAACCGAGGGCCGGGCGAAUGCUAUCACCUGAAGUUUUAAGGGCAAGAUUUGAUGAUAAGUUCAACAGGUAUGCUAGAAAGAAAAAAGAACCAUGUGAACUUAUUACUUAUAAGAGAAGCACACAAUGGUUGAAAGACGCUGGGAUUGUUGGCAGUCUCCUUACAGCUGAUGAAGCAGAUGAAGAAUUUCGAAAUUUGGCAGGAGUAAAAAUUGCUCUCAAUAAACAAGAUUACAGAAGAUUUUUGUUUAAGUUAACAAGGCUCAAGAAACUUAGCUACAAGGAAAUUUAUGAAAAAUUGUCUGCCGAUUUCGACUAA